GAAGCAGCAUCCAAGGGACUCCUGGAAGGGGAAGAGAGAGGGCGAGCGAGCGACUGACUCAGUCCUGCUGCAGAGAACUGACUCGAGGCGACGAAGGCAGACAUGGAACAUCAGCUGCUGUGCUGCGAGGUGGAGACCAUCCGACGAGCCUACCUGGAUGCCAACCUCCUCAAUGACAGGGUGCUGCAGACAAUGCUGAAGGCGGAGGAGACCUGCUCGCCCUCCGUCUCCUACUUCAAGUGCGUGCAGAAAGAAAUCUUGCCAUAUAUGAGGAAAAUAGUUGCCACUUGGAUGCUGGAGGUUUGUGAGGAGCAGAAGUGCGAAGAGGAAGUUUUCCCCUUGGCUAUGAAUUAUUUGGACAGAUUUUUGUCGUUUGAACCCCUCAAGAAAAGCCGAUUGCAAUUGCUGGGAGCUACCUGCAUGUUUGUGGCUUCAAAAAUGAAGGAAACUAUUCCUCUGACCGCAGAAAAACUGUGCAUUUAUACAGAUAACUCCAUUAGACCCGACGAAUUACUGCAAAUGGAGCUGCUGCUGGUGAAUAAGCUGAAAUGGAAUCUGGCUGCAAUGACCCCCCACGAUUUCAUUGAACAUUUCCUUACUAAAAUGCCUCUGGCAGAGGACACCAAGCAGAUCAUCCGUAAACAUGCUCAGACUUUUGUGGCUCUGUGCGCUACAGAUAUUAAAUUUAUUUCAAACCCACCCUCCAUGAUCGCAGCUGGCAGCGUGGUAGCAGCUGUGCAAGGCCUGCAUCUGGGGAACACUAACACUUUCCUCUCCUAUCAAUGCCUCACACAUUUCCUAUCACAAGUUAUCAAAUGUGAUCCGGAUUGUUUACGAGCCUGCCAAGAACAGAUUGAGUCCCUCCUGGAGUCCAGUCUACGCCAGGCACAGCAGCACAACGUAUCUUCAGAAACAAAGACUGUAGAGGACGAAGCAGACCUCUCCUGCACACCUACUGAUGUGCGAGACGUGAACAUUUAAAGAGGACUUCUUC